CAUGACUCUUUCAGCAGCUACGUGGGGAUCUGUUUCAUCCGUCCAUUUUCACUAGCAGAUUUAUAGCUCCACGAGGAUGUUGCAACAGCUCACACAUCUGUAGACUCGUAUCCAAUUCAACUUUGAGAAGUAGCUUCUACAGAUAAUAGUUGCAUAAAUAUAUUAUCUGAGGUUGUGUCAAAGAUGGGUGGAAACUAUCCAGUCCAUGUCUUAAAAUUGCCAACUGCAUUUCCUCCAUCGUUGAUAUCCCUACCUGGGAAUUCGUCCAACGGCGUCCCUUAUCUUCCAUGUAGAUCUCAAAAAAGAAUCAACAGAAUAAGAGCUAUGUCAGCUGAUGUAGGGCCUGGAGAAACAUCAUCUACUUCGGAAGCAAAGGAUCCUCUGGCUCCUGUUUUAGACCUUCCUCUUGCUGUUUGGAGGCAAGCACUACGUCCAUUAAGUGAUUUUGGGUUUGGUCGGAGGAGCUUCUGGGAAGGUGGGGUUGGACUGCUUUUAGUAUCAGGUUCAGUUUUACUUGCUCUUUGUUUGGUCUGGUUGAGGGGUUUCCAAAUACGGUCCAAAUUCAGGAAGUACACAGCAGUUUUUGAGUUUGCUCAGGCGUGUGGUAUAUGCACUGGAACACCUGUAAGGAUCAGAGGCGCAACUGUUGGCAAUGUCAUUCGUGUUAAUCCUUCCUUAAAAUGUAUUGAAGCAAUCGCUGAGAUUGAAGAUGACAAAACAAUCAUACCACGAAAUUCGCUGGUUGAAGUUAACCAGUCAGGUCUUCUCAUGGAAACUCUGGUUGACAUUACUCCUCGGGACCCGAUUCCAGCACCUUCUGUUGGACCUCUUCACCCAGAAUGUCCCAAAGAAGGUCUCAUUGUGUGUGAUCGAGAAAGGAUCAAGGGAUACGAAGGAGUUAGUUUGGAUGCAUUGGUUGGGAUAUUCACUCGCCUUGGACGAGAUGUAGAGGAAAUCGGUAUUGCUAAGAGCUAUUCAUUGGCUGAAAGAGUUUCUUCUGUUAUUGAAGAAGCAAAACCCCUUCUUAUAAAGAUCAAAGCCAUGGCUGAUGAUGUUCAACCUUUGUUGGCUGAAGUUCAUGAGACCGGUCUGUUGAAGGAGGUCGAGAAUUUGACCCGAAGCCUUACGCAAGCCUCUGAAGAUUUGAGAAGGGUACAUUCAUCCAUCAUGACCCCUGAGAACACUGAACAUAUUCGCAAGUCUAUUUACACUCUCAUUUUUACCCUGAAGAACAUUGAGAAUAUUAGCUCUGAUAUAUUGGGUUUCACUGGUGACGAGGCUACAAGAAGGAAUUUAAAAUUACUCAUCAAGUCUCUGAGCAGGUUAUUGUAAGGUCCAAAUUAAAUAAAAUAGGAUACAUCAGGCAAUUACUUUCUUCGCAAUGCAUUAGAUCAAUGGUGACAUCGGAGUAUUUCAAAGUACUUUGUACUCCUUUCUGUAGCUGGUUCUAUGGUGCCACGACCCAAGAUUCUGACGUAGAAACACGUUUCAAUUAUUCUACUUAAAAUGUCCAAUUUCAUGGGAAUGCUCAUGAUCUUCGAGAAUCGCAGAUGUUAUUGAUUGAGGCAGCCGAGUUGACAAUGUUUGCUCCAUCUAGGAGACAUGAAGGCGAAUCUUAACGGCUUGCCUUUCCCCAGUUAAAUCAUUUGAGAGAGAUCACUGGCGUUCAGCAUCCAAGUGUUUCAUGAAUGCAAUUACAGUUGUUUGGAUCAAGAUAUUGAUCCGUGCAUGGUCAUUUACCGGAACCUGAGCAUUCGGAUUAAUGCUUGGAAGUUGAUUAUUGUUUGAAUUGUGUAAUUUCCCGUUGUUCCACCACCCGUAGCCACCCUUCUGCUUCUUAGUAUUUUUGUGAUAGUAUCUUAGUUGCUGUUUCCUGUUUGGCAGAUUCUUUGUAAUUAAAUGUUAUGGAAAGCAUCUUCAAUUCUUCAUCAUUGUUUGGUAAUCCCUGUUACAA